UACCCUAACUUUAUAUAACCCCUUGCAAUUCCUUUUUCCCACCACAUCUUAAUUUCCAAUCUAGUUGUUUCGAGUUGAGUCGAGCCGAGUCAUUGCUUCUCUUUCUAUUAUUUUUGAAGUAGCUGUUUUAAGUUUAAGGACUCAAAUUCUCGUCUUAUACCCCUCGCAAACAUCCUUCCUACUCGAGUCGUUGCUUUUCUUUUUCUGUUACUUAGAAAACCCCAGCUUCAACUUCAUCCAUCCAAAUUCUCGAUAAUCCGAAAAAUGGCAAUUAGAAAAGCCAACAAAAUUUCCCAAAGUGCUGUUUUAAAGCAGAUAUUAAAGAGAUGUUCAAGCUUGGGGAAGAAAGUACAAGGAUAUGAUGAAGGAGGGCUUCCUGUGGAUGUGCCAAAAGGUCAUUUUGUAGUGUAUGUAGGAGAAAAUAGAAGCAGAUAUAUUGUUCCAAUCUCAUUCUUGACAAGAUCUGAAUUCCAGAACCUUCUUCAACGUGCAGAAGAAGAAUUUGGGUUCGAUCAUGAAAUGGGACUCACUAUUCCUUGUGAGGAAUAUGUUUUCCAGUCUCUAACAUCCAAGCUCAGAGAGAGAUCAGAGAGAGAAACUUGAGUUAUUCUUUCAAGAAAACACUACAAGAGAUUCUUGAAACUGCUUCUGUAUUUUAUUUUAUUUUUAUUUUUGGAUUUUUUUCCCUACAACUGAUUGGCUAAUUGAAAGAAACCCUAAUCGCCACUAUCAUCGAUUGGGUUUUCUGAUUAUGUAAAUCUUGAAAAAUUUUAGAUUUUUUCUCAUAGAGGUGUUUGGUUGUACGUUGCAACUUGUACCCUGUGAGAGUACUAAUGUAGAAUGAUUUAUGGGGAAUUUAUAUAAUGACUGCAUGUCACUUUUCUCUUUUA